AUGUCGAACGUUCGCGGCCCCACGUCGGCGCUGACCGAAUUCCUGAGGGAACGAGGCAUCACGGCUCGCAACGCGAAUCGAUUCCGUCGCCGCGACGAAGCUGAACAAGAGCAGGCUCAGGCUCAAGAGCAGGGCCAGACGCAAUCCCCAUCCCCAGCCGACACUGCGCGAGCUACCGCUGCGAUUGCUGCGGCCUCUCGACGCCGUCUCGCCCGCAACGGCAGCUCGAUGAACUUCGAAGAGGACGACGAGACCGACGACGAUCUGCCCGAAGCUGCGGCCACUGCGGCCACUCCAACUGCGUCCAGCUCGAGCAGGCAGACACGAGCGAACGGCAAGCGACGUGCUCUAGAAGACGAACCAAUUCUCGAGCCUAGCACCGCCAAUGGCAACGCGAACGGCAAGGGCAAGAAGAAGAAGUCGAAGAAGGAGGACGACGAUGACGAGGACUUUGAUCCCAAGAAAAAGGGCCGCAGCAAGGGGCCCGCGCCUGCAGAGUGGGAGGACUCGCUCGGCCUUCCGCAGGCCAGCAGCUCGCGCGCCAACUUUUCAUAUGCCAGCCGCAAGCCUGGAAGCAUCGCCUACUGCGGCAUGUGCAAGAUGAAGUUCACCAUCACGCAGUACACCAAGAUGGCCGACAAGGGCCCUCUGUGCCAUCGAUGCGGUCCUUUAUACAAGGGACCCGGGGCUGCUGGCGACGUCAAGGCCAAACCUGCAGCCAAGAAGAAGCAGGCCCGCCGCAAAGGGCCGCAGGACGGACUGCGCCAGAGCUUCCCAAGCCUGCAGACCUACUGCAUCGACAUCAUUAGUCGACACAUUGAGAAUGUCGAGGCGCUCGGCCACAUCGGCGUCAACAACAUCGACGCCAUCAGCAAGUCGAUCUCCAAGAACCGCAGUCUCAACCCCAAGACGCUGCAGCUCUUCAUUUCACCCAGCAUCACCACGCUCUCGCUGUACGACUGCAGCAAGCUCGACAGCGACUCGCUGCAGAGUCUCGCCACGUUUGCGCCCAAUCUGGAGCACAUCAACCUACAGCUUUGCGGCAUGCUCGACAACGAUGCCAUCGACGCGUGGUCCAAGAAGCUGACCAAGCUCAAGAGCGUCGAGCUGUACGGACCUUUCCUGGUGCGCAAGGAGGCGUGGCAUCGCUUCUUUGAGGCGCUCGGCCCGCGUCUCGAGAGCUUCAAGAUCCGGGAAUCGCCGCGCUUCGAUCUGUCGUGUGCCGAGUCGAUGGUCAAGCAUUGCCCCAACCUGCGGGAGCUUGGGUUGGCACAGAUUGGACCCUUGGACAAGACGAUGCUCAGGCCUCUGGAGGCGUACGGGGAGCAACUAACAUACCUCGACGUAUCGGACCCGGGCGUUUCGGCGCCAGGCAUCCCACCCAAGUCGCUGGAGGACGACGAGGUGGUGAGCUUGCUCCAGGCGAUCGGCAAGAACCUGGCGUACCUGGACGUGUCGAAGAACAUCGACCUGACGGAUCGGGUGGUGAAGGAAGGCGUGCUGCCGCACUGCCGCCAGCUCAAGACACUGCGUCUGAUUGGAUGCGAAAAGGUCGAAGCGGCCACGGUAUCGGACAUGUUUACCGAGUGGACGCGCGACGGCGUCGCAGGCCUGUCGCAUGUGCACCUGGACCGCAUGCUCAAGCUGGAUGACGACCUGAUGGAGCCGUUGCUGACGCACUCGGGCCCCGAGCUGGUGGAGCUGUCGCUCAACUCGGUCGACGGCAUCACGGACAAGGGCCUGGAGACGCUGGGCAACGCCAAGAACCUGCCCAAGCUGGAGCUGCUGGAUCUGUCGUUUGUGCGUGCGCUCGACGACGAGAGCCUGGACCGCAUCUGCCGCAACCUGCCCAACCUCAAGAAGGUGUCGGUGUUCGGAUGCAACCGCAUCAGCGACUUUCUCAAGUCCGACCGGGUCCGUAUCAUCGGCAAAGAGAAGUCUGCUGGCAUUGCGAUGCGGGUGAUUGCGAGCCGCUACCGCGGCAGCGAUGAUGUCAACAGGUCCAGAGGCGUUGAUUCGAUGGCACAAGAGUGCCGGCAGUCGAGACGCGAUCCAUGGCGCAAUCUAAGGAGCCGUCUCGAGGAGCCUUUACAAAGGUGGACGGGCCACGCACCCGCAAUGAAGCCCAGAACACAGGUUGCCGGUGGUAGCGCCUUCUCUCGUGACUGCAAAAUGGGGACGCUUCAGCGCCGCAUGAGGCUGGCAGAAGAUGCGAAUUUCGGCUGCUCCGCCCCGCAUCCCCCUCAGGUCGAUGCUGCUUCUGUAAUCGCUGUGCUAAAUAAUAGCACCGCCAAGCUCGACAUCGAUGUCACCAUAAGGCUGGGCAUCGGCGGCGUUGUCAAGCCGGAGCCGGAAUUGGAGCGUCUGACGCACUCGACUGCUCCCUGCCAGCAAUCCAAAUCCAGUGAAUUGGGCGUGUCGGAGUUGACGUCGGUGGGAUGGGCGCGACCGUCUCGUUAUCGGAUCUGGAUCUCUGGCCGCUCGGUCCGCAAUUGCGCUUCCGUGUGGCUUACUUUCGGCCCCCUUUCGCCCGCAUCGACUCGCGAUCGAGAAGAUAGGACUCGUCCGUGCCUUCGACGCACCAAGCAGCGCUCAGGGUCCCGGCUCCAGCGCCAGACACAAGCUCACUACGCCGGUCCGGCUUUCGUCGCUGCUCCCAACCUAGGCUCAGCCCCGUAG